CUUACAAAGUUCAAUUUCACGAAAAGUGGCAGGGGAGAAAUUUAAGAGACUUGCACAGAGAGUUAAAUGGAAUGUUUGAAACGGCCUUGGAUAAAGCCACCGCACAACAUCCGAGUAGCGACUUGGGGCGCGUCGUGGUUCAUCACAAGGACUUGGAGCCCAUCGUGGUCCCCCUGAGGCCGUUGGAAAACUUGACGGCUCCCGCCAUUAUGAACACUAUUCAGAACGUCUUAAACAGCCACCAAAAAUUGAAGGUAGAUUCCAUUUUUUACAUGGACAUUGGUAUUAUUGCUCUGCCGAAAGGCGGGGGUAAAGUGUACAUAAAUCAACUGACGGGCGAGAACAAUUCCCUCAAGAGGAAACAGUCCAUCAUACAAAUAGUGAACGACGACAACAUGUGCAUGGCGCGCGCCAUUGCUGUAACGUGGGGUAGGUCGAUCGAGUGUCCAAAAGAGGAGUGGCAUUCCAUAACACAAAAUCGAGGGAAAAAAACCAAUCUGGACCUAAUAAUGGAAUUCCGGAAAAUGCCGAAUAGCCAUUUUAAAAAUAUGAUCAAGCCCGGGUCCAAGGCGCAAACAGAUUUGGCAGAGGAAUUGUUGAGGCAAGUGGGACUACCUUCGGAUAGGAAAUGCACCAUCUUGGACAUUCAACGCUUUGAGACUUAUCUGGAGCGAAAAAUUAUAGUGUUGGACGCUUCUCUAGGGAUCAGGAUAUGUUAUCGCGGCCAAGAUACGGAAUUCCCUCAACUGUUUUUAUACUUGGUAGGGGAGGAUCAUUUCCAUGCCGUCGUGACCAUUACUGGAUUUUUCUCUUCAUCUUAUUUCUGUAAACUGUGCCUCAAACCCUACACCGACAAAAACCGCCAUUUUUGCGGCAAGCCCUGUCUCGUGUGCAAGAGACUCGGGGAAUGUCCCAAGACGGACCAGUCUAUUCCGUGCCCGGAGUGUAACAUGACCUGUCGCUCGAUGGCUUGCUACGAAGCACAUCGAGACACGGACGAAGGCAAAAAGCAGAGCCAGUGUCAAAGGUACUGGAGGUGUCUCACAUGUUACCGGGUCGUAAAUCGGCAUGGUCGAGACCUGAAAAAACAACCUCACGUGUGCGGAGAAUGGCACUGUAAGCAAUGUAACGAAACAGUAGAAGAAAGCCAUUUAUGCUACAUGAGAGCAUUACCACCCGCCGAGACCCGCUGGCAAAAGUUAAUAUUUUUUGAUUUCGAAUGCAGUCAAAAUGAAAGGUACACCUGUUCCGACGGAUACCUCCCCGAUCCGGAAGGACGCUGUCAAAACUGUACCCAGACGACUUGCGGUCUACUCGUCCACCGCCCUAAUUUCGUCGUCGCGCAAUGGGUGUGCAAAACGUGCGAAAACAAGCAGGGAGAGCGAUGCGAAGAAUGCGGAUCCCGAUGUGCCAAGUGCGGGAAAAAAGACCCAAAAAAAGUCUGUAUCACCGCCCUGUCCCGAGACCUGCGGACUCCGGGAGGAAAUAUUUUCCGGACCCGACACGGCCAACACUUUCUGCCUAUGGCUCUUCAACGAGAACAACGCCGGUGCCAUCGUCAUCGCGCAUAACAUGAGGGGUUACGACGGGGUCUUCAUUCUCCGGUAUCUGAUCGAAAACGGACUUCCGCCCCAGCACAUCAUUUAUAGCGGCUCCAAGAUCAUGAGCAUGACCGUCGGUCGGGGCCUGAAUAUGCGCUUUUUGGAUUCCUUGAAUUUUUUCCAGAUGCCUUUAUCCCGCCUACCCAAAACGUUCGGACUGACGGAACUGAAGAAAGGCUAUUUUCCCCAUUUCUUCAAUCGACCGGAAAACCAGACUUACGUCGGUCCGUACCCACCUCCCGAAGAAUACGGAAUCGAUCACAUGACCGCCUCGGGCAGAAGCGACUUCCUACGAUGGCACGCGGAACAGCGAGAUCGAGUGUUUGAUUUCGCGACGGAAAUGAAAGACUACUGUCGCAGUGACGUCACCAUCUUACGAGACGCCUGCCUGAAAUUCCGAGCCCUGAUCGCUCAAGCCACCGACGAUCUCGUGGACCCCUUCGCUUCGUCGACGGUAGCCAGCAUGUGCAUGACCAUCUUCCGCACCUGUCAUUUACGAGAGGAAGUCCGAGUGCGACUAGGUCGAGCGACGGGUCUCCAGCUACCUGCGAGAGACGGCCAGGUUCAUUACCAGAACCGUUGGUACUCCAGGGAAGAGUUUGAAUCCGCCACCGACAUGGUACUGACCAACCCCAAGUGCGAGAUAGUCCGACCCUUGAAAGACGAGGGAUGGUACACGGGCCACUACCGAGCCGGCACUUUGACCCUACGUCUUCCGGACGGAAGUACGACUCCCUACUCGGACUUGGAGCUGGAAGGGAUGGAAAAAAUCGAGGAACGAUUUCACAAGUCCCCCAUCGCCGUCAUUCCACCUAACGGCUAUCACCGGAGAGACCACUACAGUGUGAGCGGCAUCCGGUGGUUAGAAUGGUUGGCCCAUUCCCGCCAACUGGACAUCCGGCACGCGCUGCGCGGCGGCGGCGGGGAGGCGCGCUUACCGGGUACGCGGAUCAAGUUCGACGGGUUGGCGGGAAACCGAGUCUUUGAAUUUCUAGGAUGUCGCUGGCACGGCUGUCCCACUUGCUUUCCCAAGGACCGCUCCACGACCAAACUUCCGGGGACGGGUCAGACCCUGAUCGAACUCUUUGAACUGACCAAACGCCGAGAGGAAAAGAUCCGGGAGGCGGGCUACCAAUACGAAAGUGUCUGGGAGCACGAAUUUCACCGGCAACUGCGAGACGAUCCCGACAUGCGUCGUUUCGUCUACGCCCUGGACAUUCAACCUCCCUUAGAUCCCCGGGAUAGCUUUUUCGGGGGACGGACCAACGCCAUACGUCUACAUUACAAGGUACAACCUGGCGAGGAAAUUAGAUAUGUGGACUUUACCAGUCUCUACCCCUGGACCAGCAAGACUUGCCGCUAUCCUGUAGGACACCCUCAAAUUGUGCGACAAGACUUUCAGGCUCUGGAUCAAUACUUUGGACUGGCUAAAGUCAAGGUGUACCCUCCUCGAGAGCUCUUCUUUCCCGUACUUCCGGUCAAGAAUAACGCCAAACUCAAGUUUGCUCUUUGUAUGCCCUGCGCGGACCAGGAACUGAAAACUCCCUGUACCCAUGACGACGAGAAGCGCGCCAUCAUCGGGACCUGGACGACGCCCGAAUUAGACUUGGCCGUACGAAAAGGGUAUCGGAUAGGCCGAAUCUACGAAGUGUACCAUUGGACCAAGACGGAACAGUAUGAUGAACAAACUCAAGAGGGCGGGCUGUUUACCAGCUACAUUAAUGCUUUUUUAAAGCUUAAACAAGAAGCUUCUGGUUUCCCGGCCUGGUGUCAGACGCAAGACGACUGCCGUCGAUACUUAGAGCAGUACUUCGAAAACGAAGGCAUCAAGUUAGACUGGGCUUACGUAGAAAAGAACCCGGGUUUACGCGCGGUGGCCAAAAUGUGCUUGAAUUCCUUUUGGGGUAAACUCGGGCAAAGAAGUAACUUACCUUCCACUCGUUUCUUUUAUCGGACGGACCUCGAAGAGUUCUAUCAUCUCCUGACAGACAAGACAAAGGAAGUCAUUGAUUUUAAUAUCGAGACCGAAAACGUCGCUCAGGUGCAUUUUCGAGCCGUGGACAGCGAGUGGGCGGAGGAGGACUCUAAAACCAAUGUAUUUUUAGCGACAUUUACGACGGCGUGGGCCCGACUGAAGCUGUACGAUGUCCUGGACAGUCUACAGAAAGAUGUGCUUUAUCAUGACACGGACAGUGUCAUAUACGUCUGUCGACCCACGGAGAAUGAAGUCCCCUUAGGCGACUACCUGGGGGAGUUGACCAACGAGUUGGAGGAGGGAGACUACAUUGAAGAAUUUGUGAGCGGCGGGCCCAAGAACUACGCGUAUCGCACCCACCGAGGCGUAGAAAAGGUGUGCGUUAAAGGCUUUACGCUGAACUACACAAAUUCUCAAAUUAUCAAUUUUGAUUCCAUUAAGGACCUCCUUCAAGACGAGCGCGCCGAACCUCCCAGGAAAAAGAGAAAACUGGAUACACCAAAGAAAUCAAAAAUCAUUCGCGACAAAGCCAGCUGCAGGGUCCUCAACCGAGAUGAAAGUAAACAGUAUCAGAUUGUUUACACGAAACGGGUCCUGAAAGCGGAUAUGACGACAGUUCCGUAUGGUUAUUGACUUUCUUA